CAAUGCAGACGCCAUGCGAUGCGUAACGCUUAGAUCAGAUCCAAAGCAAAGACGCGAGAGGUAGCGAUCAUUUCGGAUUAUCUCGUUAGUUUCGUCAAUACCAUUGAUCCCUGUCUCUGGAUAUAGUUCCAAAUUCGUGAGAUAGUUUGGUACGAUCGGUCGGUGGUGUUCGUUCGAGAAGUAACGAGAAAUUAAGUUCGGUGAAAGGUAGUGGUAAAAUAAUAUAGAAAGAAAUUUUCUUUUUAUAAGUUAAAGAAAACAUAGGUGUCAAAGAAAAAAGAUAGAUAGGGUGCUUUCUUGGAAAUGCUUUUCAUGAUGUCGACGACCAUCGUGAAGAAAAAUAGUCGGUGACCUCAUGCUUUACUUAAGUUGUGGCGACCGGCAGCGAGAUAAUUGGAUCUUGAAUCGGCCGGUCAACGUCACGUCUUGUCUUAUCCUUCAUCUUCCUUAUUGAUGCCUCGGAAAUCCUAUCUGUGAGAUCAAGCAAGAAAAAUCGUGUUUUUCGUGUAAUAAUCCUGCUCCAACUAGUAGGAUAUCAAAGAAAAGAAUGUGAAAUAUCAAAUGGUUCGUUUGUUUCUUCAUUCAACGUGACCCAAAUCCUCGAGCAUCGAAUCGAAGCUUCGUCUGAUCGUCUGUCUUGACGAUCAUCGCCUUUGUUUCCGACGGGAGUGCGCGUUUUAUUUAUAAGUCCGUCAAUUAGCUCCGUCCUUGAAAGACAUUAGAGUCGAUGAGCGGCUGGUCGACUCGGCCAACCACGCGAUACGACGACUUCACCCUCCGCAUGUCGCACCGAGAAACGUUCCUUCUACCUGAUCGAAAAGCUUUCCCACGAGGCGUCACGGCUCGUCGAUCGAAACUAACGUUCGUUCCUGCGAGCUGACGGCCAACAUUGAAAGGAGGGAAGGUACGACGAACGAAAGUGUGGAGUAAAGAUUAGAACUCGUUGAAGAGACUAACAAAAAAUUCACCUCGAAAUGACGACUAUGGGUGUAACGGUCUUCUGCAAUAGGGUUCAAAUAAAUGGAAACGAUCAGGAACAGCUGAUGCUACUUCGAACCCUACAGGAUAACGAGAGCAAUAUACUCGGAAAUCAGCCUCAUCUAAUAGUUCCGAAGACUAAUAACAAUAAUAAUAAUAGUGGUAGUGGUAUGGCCACGCUUAACGUUUUACCCUCUUAUGAUUCAUCGAGGUUGAAAAAGCAUGGAAAAAGUGGUCAACCACCUACAGUUGCCGUAGCUAGGAGAAAUGCCAGAGAAAGGAAUCGCGUGAAGCAAGUAAACAAUGGUUUCGCUACCCUGAGACAACACAUACCGAAUCAUAUCGCGGCGGGAUACGGCGACAGGGGUAAGAAAUUGUCCAAGGUCGAAACUCUUCGAAUGGCAGUUGAAUACAUUCGAGGCCUUCAGAGAUUACUCGCAGAAGCUGAUGGUGUCGAGUACGAUUCAAAUUCUGCUUUGGGAUCUCAAUGUGUUCCCUCGCCUACGAGCAGCGUCGUUUCCUCUAGUCACAAUGGUUCUGGUGAGAAACUCGCACUUGAGGACGACGUUGUUACGGUUGAAGACGGUGAAGAUGGUGAACAAUUGGACGAAGACGAGGAGAAUAGUAAAACCAAAAUGACACUUUCUAGACUAUCACCUAACCAAACGGCCAUGCCGUCGCCUCAUGACUAUUAUGCGUCUUCCGUGGGCGACGAAGAGAACCUGGAACCUCGAGGUCUCUCGUCGAACGGUCCUCAAAAUUUCUCGCGACUUUCCCCUAAUUCCGUGGCCUCACCACCCUCUGAGUAUUAUGGACAAAACGAGGAAAAUUUGGAACCUAGAAUUCUCUCCCCUUACAGCGGUGCUGGCGAUAGCGAGGAAGGUGCUACGACCGUUUACGCGGCUAGUCCGGAAGCUUUCUCGGGGGCCCUUUAUUAUAAACAGGAGAUCGCUGAGACCGGCGAAUUUAUGGACGUUGUCAGUUGGUGGGAACAGGAACAGGGUCGACUGGUGCAUCAUACUCAACAACACACUCAGAGGUUGGCACAUGUGUAACUCGUAAGAUUACUUUAGUGACAAUUAGUAAGAAGAAUACUGAGCGUGCAGCAAUCUAAAUCAACUGAUCUCACGAACCCGAAAAAAGGAGAAAUCGCUGUACGAUUAAAUCUCCGUCGGAAUAAUAUUAGUACUUAUCGCCUAAAGUACUUUCAUUCUCGACCACUGCCUAAACAGUCUUUCUUACUCGAAUUUUCUUAUUUUCUUAAAAGAAAAAAAUGAUCCUUGUGGUAAUGCAUUACGAAUAGAAUUAUAUCUUUACCUAAACAGAGAAUAUAGUGAAAAAAUUAAUUAUAAUCAUAGUUCAAAACGAUCAAAUUUGAACAAAAUUAUUCUUAAUAUAAUAUUGAGAGACAGAUUUUUUCCUACACACAUUUUUCAUACGUAUACACACGUAAACGCUUGUUAUUGGAGAUAUUUUAUAAAAACAUAAACUAUGUAAGCAUUUAAAUAUUUAUAACGAUGAUAAAGGGUGCCUUAAAAGUAUGAGUAACAUUCUAAAACGAUCAUAAUGAUCCAAUGGACCAAUGAUAUUUAAAUAAUUAAAAUAUAUUAUCGAUUAAUUUCGAUUGUGUUGCCAAGUUUUUCUAAUGAAGUCAUUAAAAUAUUCGUCUUUUUAACAAAUAUAUGUACAUUAAAUGUUUCUCGUUUGCCACAUAAGACUCUCAUCAAAGAGACUCUGCUUUUAUUAAUCUAUUAUGCUGUUAUAUUGUGAGAAAGACGAUAUACAGGUUGUUUCGUUAAUGCUAAUAAAACUGAGAAGAGGCUAAUUCUACAUAACAAAAUAAAUGAAAAAUUUUUAAUAAAAUCCUUUCAUAUGAUUAUUAUAUUUAAAAUAUUGUCGAUUCAAUCAAACGCAUAAUCUUGCUGUUCUGAAUAACAAUAUAAAUAAAUUUUAUUUAAAAUUGUUCAUUUAUUUUUAAUCAAGUAUAAUGACUUCCUAUUCAGUUAACUUCAAUCAUGAAUUAACCUGUAUAUACCUGUGUAUCUAAGAAUAUCGAUGACGAAAAAAAUCAUCAAUGUGAGCAUUUUAUAAAAUGCGAUACACAAUCAAAAAAAUUUGUACAUAAAAGUGCCUUAAUUAAAUUAAGGAAUAGUCUUGUUAGACUAUAAUACUAUUUUUUGUACUUGCUAUUUUAUAUGGAAUAUUUAAAACUGUGUCAUUCUAUUUAUACAAAUAAUUAUAUUACG